AUGGGGGUGUUUGAAGAAGCGAAAAUCCGUGUGCAAGAUUUACAGAAGAGGGUCCAACGGAUAGAUGAAGCAGGUCAGGCAUUAUCGAAGAAUAAAAAUGAUAAAACUGCUAAAUCAAAAUUUAAGGUAAUGUAUGCAACCUUGGAACGUAUGUACGAAGAUUUUGAAACACAGUUGGGAAUUUUAAUUAAGCACAAUGGUAAACCUGGGACGGAGGAUGUUGUCCCUAAUUUGGAUGGGCUGAGGGCUGAGUUCGAGGAGCAGUACUUCAGUUGCAAAAUCCUAGCUGACGAGUUUCUACCAGAAUCAAGCAUGGCAAAUUCCGAGGAAUCGCGCUUAUCAAAUAGUUCUCGUGCUAGUAAUGCGAGCGUCGUUCCACUUGAGAAGUUAACGAUUGCUAAGUUUAGUGGUGAUCCAAAGGCGUAUACUGGAUUUAGGAACCUGUUUGAUACGAUUGUGCAUGAAAAUACAAAUAUACGUCCUGUCGUCAAAUUCGGGUAUUUAAAGUCAUAUCUGGAAGGGGAGCCUUUGAAAUUAAUUGCGAAUUUAAUGCUCACCGAUAGCAACUACGAACUCGCGCUGUCGCAAUUAGAAGCUAGGUAUGCAAAUCGACGAUAUAUAGCAGAGAGUCAUUUGGACGAACUGUUUGAUGCACCGAACGCUACAGUCGGGAAUGGAAACUCUAUCGUUCAACUUCUGAACACUAUUACCAGUGCCAUUGGGGCAUUAGAAAAUCUUAAGUAUCCAGUGGAUCAGUGGAGUCCGAUUUUACUUCACCAACUACAAAAGAAACUCGACCAUCAAUUACGAGCCCAGUGGGAACUAGCAGUUGACACAACCACCGAUCCCACCUUAGCUGAGUUUGUAACCUUUCUUACCAAGUUUAGUAAGUCAGCUAUAGUUAGUCAAGGUAAAGCUGACGGAGGACAACCUAAACACAAAUGGAUCAAACCUAACCGGACUAUGGCCCUCUUUAGCGGAGCACCGUCCAAGGAAGUGAGUUCACCAUCCAACCGACCACAGAAGAAGACGUUUAAGUGUCAAGUAUGUGAGGCAGAACCUGGACACUUACUAAUACACUGUACCCGUUUCAAAAAAAUGACACCAAAACAAAGACAUCAGACAAUCAAGGACCUUAAGAGGUGUUUUAUGUGUUUUAGUGAACAUUUAGCGCCACAAUGUAAAUCCGACAGAGUAUGCGUAGAGUGUAGCGGACGGCAUCAUACGUGGCUGCAUCUGAGCACCCGGAAUGACUCAGCUAGCGAAGAUGGGCAUACGAUAGAACCAGAAGUUAGAGUCCACGUAUCGGCUGACAUUCGAAAUUACCGUACCAGUGUGCUUCUAUCAACUGCUUCGGUUUCCGUACAAGAUUCUGAUGGACAGUUUAGAUCGGUACGUGCACUGUUAGACAGUGCAAGUCAGAGCAGUUUUAUAACCGAACAUUGCUUCAAGAGCCUAGGUUUGUCUCGACGCAAAAGUAAUGUAACUAUCCAAGCUCUUGCAGGUACGCCCGUGCCAACAGUAAGAGGAUUUACACAAGUAUUAGUCAGACCAAAUGAACAAACGUCGCCAACCCUUACCGUGGAGGUGCUCAUUUUACCACGCAUAACCGGGCUAACACCAUCAGCUCGAAUAUGGAAGAACGACUGGCCUCACAUAGCAGAUAUAACUCUAGCAGAUCCUGCGUAUCACGAGUCACUACCAAUCGAUAUACUCUUCGGAGCUGAUGUUUUUCCGUAUCUCCUUUGUGGGGAUAAGCGAGAAGGUGGUCUGAAUGAACCCGUCGCGUUGUCCACCAUAUUUGGAUGGAUCUUGAUGGGACGUAUCGCGGGUACGGAAGAGAGGACUACGAAUGCAUUGUAUACAACCUUAGAAUCCAUAGACCAAUCUGUGCAAAGAUUCUGGGAGUUGGAAGAAGUACCUACGGCUGAACGGAAUACGCCAGCAGAUAUGAAAUGUGAGGAAAUAUAUACCAGCACUACAUCUCGACAAGAUGAUGGUAGAUACAUUGUUCAUCUGCCAUUUGUCACCAACCCACCGAAAUUAGGAGAGUCAAGGGCCACGGCUCUUAAGCGACUUCAUCGACUUGAAACCAGAUUAGAAAAGUCGGAAGACCUUCGUACGCAAUAUAAUGCAGCAAUGCAGGAUUACUUAGACAGCGGUCACAUGACAAAAGUACCACAGGCUCAGUGUGGGGUCGAACCAGUCUACUAUACUCCGCAUCACGCAGUGAUAAAGCUCGAGAGUACCACCACAAAAGUACGAGUGGUGUACGAUGCUUCGGCUGUAACGACCUCUGGGAUGUCGCUGAAUGAUAAUCUAUACCCGGGACCAAAAUUGCAACAAGAUUUACCGGGAAUAGUUUUACGUUUUCGGUUGCAUACUAUAGUCUUUACUGCUGAUGUCAAGCAGAUGUUCCGGCAGAUUAAAGUGACACCAGAACACCAUCAAUACCAACGCUUGCUCUACCGGUUUUCAUUGGCAGAACCAGUAAGUGAAUUUGAAAUGACAACCGUGUCUUUCGGGCAGCGUUCAUCUCCAUUUCUCGCGAUAAGAACCCUACAUCAAUUAGUAGAGGAUGAAGCUAAACAGUAUCCUGAAGUGAGACAAGUUGUACGAGAAGACAUGUACGUUGACGAUGUUGCCACUGGGUCUGACAGUGUAGAAAACGGACUAGAAUUACAACGCAAUUUGAGCUUAGUAAUGGGGAAAGGGCAGUUUGAGCUUCGAAAAUGGAGUAGUAAUUCUCGUGCGCUCUUGGAAGCUGUACCAAGCUCACACCGACAAACGGACCCAGUCACCUUCGAUGUAACCGAGGGUGGGACCACCAAUGUUCUAGGACUUAAAUGGAUUCCAAAUCUGGAUAAGUUAAGCUACAAUGUCCGACCGAACCCAGUGCGUUAUAGCAAACGUGCCAUCCUCUCGGAAAUCGCGCGUAUCUACGACCCUCUUGGAUUAUUAUCACCUGUCACAACCGAGCUUAAAAGGUUAAUGAAGUACCUUUGGUCUAUAGACCUUGGUUGGGAUGACAACAUACCACAAGAAGCGGCAGAGGCUUGGACACGUUAUCACCAAGAGUUGCCAGAGUUGUCGUCGAUCCGAGUUCCCCGUCGAGUGACAAGUAACAACGGAAAAUAUGAGUUGCACGGUUUUUCUGAUAGUUCCGAAGCAGCAUAUGCCGCGGUGAUAUAUCUCCGUGUCGUGGCACCGGACAAUUCGGCAAAAUGUUUUAUGUUAAUGGGUAAAUCGAAAGUCGCCCCGUCAAAACGGAUCACGAUUCCAAGAUUGGAGCUCUGCGGUGCAUUGUUAUUAGCUCGAUUAUUACAUUUUGUGUGCCAAAACCUAACUAGAAUCAAGAUCGAAAGGGUCAUAGCCUGGUCUGAUUCUACAGAGGCCUUGGCAUGGAUAAAGUCGCCAACAGCGCAAUUGAAGACAUUUGUAGCAAAUAGAGUUGCACAAAUACAGCGAACGACCACGUCAUACUUGUGGAGACAUGUACCAACCAAGGAGAACCCGGCAGACUGUGCGUCCAGGGGAUUGUCGCCAAAAGAACUCGCCAAUCACGUUCAGUGGUGGAUGGGACCAACUUUCCUCAGAUUGUCAGAAGACUAUUGGCCAUCCACAGAAGCAGUGAUGUUAACCGAUGAGUCGCGCGAGGAGCAACUUGAGACGAAGGUAAUCACGUUGGUUACGACCGAAACCUUGACCGAAUGUCCGUUAUUGUACCAGUCGGACAGUUGGACAAAAAUUACGCGUUUGGCUUGCUAUUGGCUGCGAGUACGUAAGCGUCUCCUUAAAAAGGAAAUUCCGGACCGUCAAACACCGCCCACUUCCGCUGAGGUCGAUGAGGCCAUACGGGCAUUAGUACAAUGGACACAACGAGUGUAUUUUUCUGAUGACCUCAAUAAUCUGACCCACAACCGAUCAUGUUCAUCCAAGCUGCGGAAGCUUGCUCCAUUUCUCGAUUUCGACAACGUGAUAAGGGUGGGUGGACGUUUACAGCGUGCAGAUUUACCAUUUGAUCAAAAAUGUCCAAUUCUAUUACCUAAAGAAGCACGGAUGACUACGCUUUUGAUCGACCAGGUACACAGAAGCAAUGGUCACCCAGGCGCACAAACCGUGCAGAACAUUAUACGACAGCAUUUUUGGGUAUUAUCGGCAAGAGGUGUAAUACGAAAGCAACUCCAUCGUUGUAUACCAUGUUUCAGAGUACUACCUCGGGCUCCUCAACCGAUCAUGGGAGAUCUACCGCCACACAGACUUGGCCAAAUCAAACCAUUCGGAAAAGUUGGUAUUGAUUUUGCGGGACCAUUCGACGUAAAGGCUGCUCUGUUACGCCGACUGCGGGUCACCAAGGCGUACAUAUGCAUAUUCGUAUGUAUGGCGACUACAGCCGUACACAUAGAGCUUGCCUCGGACUUGUCGACGCCCACAUUUAUUGCAGCCCUCGAACGCUUUAUCGCACGACGAGGACGUUGCACGGACAUAUACACUGACUGUGGGACUAAUUUUGUAGGAGCUAAUCAUUAUUUAAAGGAAGUGCAAGAAAUUCUGAAGUCACCUACGACCAUCCGCUACGCUUCAUCAAAUCAAGUAACCUGGCAUUUUAAUCCUCCUGCUGCGCCGCACAUGGGUGGCCUCUGGGAAGCGGCAGUCAAGUCGGCCAAGGGGUUGUUACGGCGCAUAGUUCACGAUCAGGUCCUUACGUACGAAGAACUAAAUACUGUCCUCCACAAAAUAGAAGCAACCCUAAACUCCAGGCCAUUAGGCGCCCUCUCCAGCGAUCCUAACGAUUUAGCACCACUCACGGCAGGGCAUUUUUUGACUAUGGGUCCACCAGCCUCUAUACCACAACCAUAUACCCACGACCAUCCACUAGCCUACACUCUACGUCAACGUUGGACCCUAGUUCAACAGAUUCAACUUCACUUCUGGCAGCGAUGGCAAAAGGAAUACUUACAAAAUCUGCAAACGAGAAAGAAGUGGCAACGCCCAGACAGGAACCUGGCGGUGGAUGACUUGGUAAUCAUUAAGGAACCCACACCACCACUCACAUGGAGUACAGCGCGCGUUGUCAAACUAUACCCUGGCGAAGACAAUGUCGUCCGAGUAGCUGAUGUCAAAUUAGCUAAUGGCAAGACUCUCAAGCGUCCAGUGGUGAAGUUAUGCCCUUUACCGUUGUGA